UGUUGCGCAGAACAGUAAAUAGGUGUUCCCUGGUUGUUGCCUCCUCUCCUACUCCUCCAAGAACCAAAGAUAAAGCUAAGAUCAAGACACAGGCUAAGGGAUAUACGACAAGAAGAGUUUAGGCUAAGGGAGAAAAACCUGUUCUUCAUCUUUCCCUUUUAUUACACUGUCUUUUGAAAAGUAAAAUGUUUUGACGAAUAGCUUCCUCCAUAACAGGCGUGACAGGAUUUCUUACUCGUGUAGGCUCGUUGGUUAGAGAAACCCUUUUUGUUUAGAAGUGUACUUUUGGAGGUUUGUUUAUUUUAGAGGCAUCAUAGAAGAUGUUGAAACCAUAUUCCAGUAAAGCAUAGGCUGCAUGUUACUUUCACAUUGUUAUAAAAGUUUCUAUUCACAACAUUUAUGUAAUGUUACAAUAUGUUAAUUGUCUAAAAAAGUAAGAUAUGCCUACACAACACUAGCCCUUAAAGAAGUGGUGGUGACUUGUUAUACUUUGAAGUUCUCUGUGAUGUAGCCAGGUCAAAAUUGUAUUUCAUCCCACGGUUUAUUUUCUAAUAAACAUAUGUUGGUUUGACUGCUCUCAGCCCCUAAAAGUCUUGGUCUUGUCUCGGUCAACUCUGGGCGGUCUUGACUACAACACUAUUAUAUAUGUCAGAGGUUGCACACCUCUGGAGCAACUAGGCAUUGUCUUCAGUGUGUCUUGCAAGUGUCUUGCUCAGGGACACACUGGUGCAUGUGUCACAGUGGGAAUCAAACCCAGGUCUCUCACACCAAAGGUUUGCGUCUUAGCCACUACACCAUCGCCACCCCGGGGUUUCUGUCUGACUUGCAACACACAUGUAAACAGAGUACAACACACAAUGAAAACACAGAUUUUCCAAGGUCUCUAUAAAACAACCCAGGAUGUAGUGCUGUCCAAAACCACAUGUAUUGUGCUCUCGGUGGAUUACCUGCCUGGAAAAGUUCCAGUCUCAUUAGACAGUCAGAAAGACAACUUAACCUUCAGGACAACCGACUGCCACGAAAAGCAUCUAGGUGGAACUGUGGUGCAACUCAGUCACUAAUGCAAUUUGCACCUGACUUUACACACGUUUUUCUGCCAUCCACCCUCUUCAUUCAAUAUUUACAGCAUUGAUCCUUCAUUCCCACAUCAUGUCCAACCAACCCACACAAACCCAACACCAUGGGGACUACAUGUCCCUGAUGAGAGGCUUGAAAGAGCUGGACUUCCGGGGUCCUUGUGUUCCCAGUGACCUGGUGCUGAUAGGAGACCAUGCCUUUCCUUUAGCAAUGAACAGCCAAGGCCAGGUCCUGAUGGCUGCCUCUCUGUACGGCAGUGGAAGGAUCGUGGUCCUGGGUCAUGAGGGCUACCUGACCGCCUUUCCUGCUCUGGUAGAGAACGUUGUGACCUGGCUGAGAGGAGAUGGAUCUGAAAACUUGUCUGUGAGGGUCCACAAAAACGUCAAGUCAGUCUCUGAUAAUCUCAGCAAAUCCAGCUUCCAAGCAGAAGUUGUGGGGGCCUUUAGUGGCAACGUGGGGGUGUAUGUGACUGAUGCCUACAGCGUGGGUGCAGACGUAAAGGACCUGGUGGCCUUUCUGAAAGCUGGAGGAGGAGUGCUGAUAGCAGGGCAGGCAUGGAACUGGGCUGCAGAUCACCCCAAGGAGAACACGCUGCUUCAGUUUGAAGGGAACAAGGUUUCUGGUGUGGCAGGGAUCUACUUCUCUGAGCGCAAGUGUGAAGUAGAGUGCCUUCCUGUCUACCCUCAGAUCCCAUCUUCCUGGAUGGCUAUAGUAACUGGGAAGGAUUUUGAGGAUGACUUGGAGUUCUUACUCCAGGGGGUUUCAGAGUUUGACCUCAACCCUGGACUAUUACCUUCUGAGGUUCUAGUCCAUGGCCCGCUAGCCUUUCCCAUUGGGACCACAGACGAUGGACGUGCGUUCCUAGCAGGAGCCUACUAUGGGCAGGGGCGAGUCAUUGUGGUCUCACAUGAAGGAUUUAUGGGACAAGAGACAUUUGCUCCAUUUUGGAACAAUGCCCUUCAUUGGUUGGAUGAAGGCAGGCAGGGGAUCAUUGGAGUUGCGCAAGGCCCUGCACUCCAAGUUCUCAGCAAGUCAGGGUUACAGUGUGAGAAGACAGACUUCAGGGAAGACCUGAGUGUAUUUGUGUGCACGGCGUACAGCGAUAAUCAUGUGGAGGAAAUCCAACACUUCGUGGCAGAGGGAGGAGGCCUGCUGAUUGGUGGACAUGCCUGGUACUGGGCACAGACGCACCACGGGCAAAAUCCAAUGACAGAUUUCUCAGGGAACAAGAUCCUGAACAAAAUGGGCUUGAGCCUGUUGGGGACAACAAUCAAAGGAGGUUUAUACAAGGCCCCUGUGCCCAGCCAGGCCAUGAAAGACACCUACCACUUCCGCAACCUUCUUGGCCGCUUUGCUGGCCAUGUAACCGGUGGCAAAGAACUUACCAACGACGAAGAGGAAUAUCUUAAAAAGCUGGGUGGUGACUGUGCCAAGUACUUGCACAUGAAGGCUCAUGACUGCUCCUCCUACACGCAGAUCGUAUCCACCCUCACUGACAUCUUAAUGAAGUUGGACAUGCCUCAGGUGUGUGACAGCUGCCCUGCAAAGACUCCCAAAGACCACCUACUCCUCAGUGUGGCAGCAGAGGUAUACAAGGUUUCCCCAGAUCCUGAUGCUCUCCUGCCCUACAUCAUCAAGGAUAACCCGUUGCUGCCAGUUGUCCACAACCACAGGAUCAAGAUUAAUGUUAACACAGCAGGAGGGGAGGAGUGGAUCAGUACAGGUCUCUACCUCUCUCCUGGUAUGAAGACCUACAUGGCCAUACCAGCAGAGAUAGUCAACAAGGAAUGGAAGAUCCAGAUAGGAUGUCAAACAGACCGUCUCAGUGCUGAAACAUUGAAGAGAGCACCAUGUGUUCAUGAGCGAUUUCCUGUUACCUCAGAGGUGAUGCAGGUGUGGAACCUGUGGGGUGGACUCAUCUACCUGGUAGCCCCACCCAAAACACAAGUGCACGGGGUAGAGGUCACAGUGCAGAUGGCUGUACCUGCGCCGUACUAUAGAUCAGGUGUGACAACAGCAGCUGAUUGGUCGUUGUUGCGCACAGCCCCUGCACCCUGGGCAGAGUUGGAGUUUGACAACAUCAUCCUUACUGUACCAUCAGAUGUUAUUCGGGACCUAGAGCGCCCUGAUGAGCUGGCGGCACUCUGGGAUGACAUCAUGAAGGGUGUCGCUGAUCUUGCUGCCAUCCCACACAAAUUUCCCCGCAAAGAACGUUUUGUUACUGAUGUGCAGAUUUCCUGUGGUUGGAUGCAUUCAGGUUAUCCUGUGAUGGCACACAAGCCCACAGCAGCUGAGCUGGUCAGCAUUGACCUUGCUAAGAGUAAAGGCCUGUGGGGCCCCAUACAUGAGCUUGGACACAACCAACAGAGAAGCUGCUGGGAGUUCCGACCACACACCACAGAGUGUACAUGCAACCUGUGGUCAGUGUAUGUGCAUGAAGAGGUGCUGAGGAUCAACAGGGAACAGGCUCAUCCAGCAAUGACUUCAGCAGAUCGAAAUAGUCGAGCAGAGGAGUAUGUUAAGGGGGGCAAGAAACUCAGCAACUGGCAAAUGUGGGUGGCCCUGGAGACAUAUAUGCAGCUCCAGGAAAAGUUUGGCUGGGAUGCCUUUAAGAAGGUGUUUGCUGCCUACCACAAGAUGUCCAACUUUCCCAAUGACAACAACGGAAAGAUGAACCUGUAUGCAGAGACCUUCUCCCAGACUGUGGGGAUGAACUUGGCUGGAUUCUUCAAGGCCUGGGGCUGGCCCAUCAAAACAGCCACUGAAGAGAAACUCUGCAACCUGCCUCCCUGGAGUGACCACCCCAUGGUCCAGUAUGACUGAAUAUCAAACUGCUGCUGAUUAAAAGAUGAGAGUUGGGUUCAAUGAGUAACAAAUUCAUGAUAUCGGGUAUUUACUGGGUGAUUCAAUUUACUGACUGUUUUCUUUGUUAUUGUAUUUUGACCAGAGUUAUUGUAACUUUUUAAAAAGAAACAUGAGUUACAUAGAUGACCUGAUUUUACAGCUUUAGAGAAGCUGCAGUUUGAAAAACAUGUUUUUUUAAAGGCUAAAACCAAAAUACAGAGAGGUCAUUAAUGAAGACAGA